CCUCUGGUGAUCAAAGAACGCCGGUCGAUUUCUACUGAAAUUUCUCACUGUCACUUCAUCAUUUCAUCUCAUUCAACAAGGAUAAGAAGUCGAGAAAACAUUAAUUAUUACACUUUUUGGUUGUUUUUAUUUCUGUUGAAGUGAUCGGUUAUUGAUUGAAAUGGCUGAAAAUCGUGCUACCAAAUCUGGAUUAGCUGCUGAAGCCCAUAGCAAAAUUCAAUCAAAGUACGACACAGCUUUGGCAGGUCAAACCCUAGAAUGGAUGAAAGAUGUUAUGCAACUAGAAGAUAUAGAUACUUCUGGCGACAGAGAAAAGUUUUAUGAACUACUUAAGGAUGGUCAAGUUUUAUGCAGAUUGAUUAAUGUUUUGCAACCGGGUUCCAUUCCUGAAAAGAAAAUCAAUAAUACUAAAAUGGCUUUCAAGUGUAUGGAAAAUAUAAAUCUUUUCCUCGAACAGGUGAAAAAAUUGGGUGUACCAGCUGAGGAAACAUUCCAAACUGUAGAUUUGUGGGAACAACAGAAUCUUACCUCAGUCCUUAUAUGUUUGCAAUCUCUUGCAAGAAAAGCAUCUAAAUUUGGAUUUAGAAGUAUUGGACCAAAAGAAGCAGAGGCCAAUGUGCGCCAAUUCUCUGAUGAGCAAUUGAAGGCUGGACAAGGUGUUAUAAGCCUACAGUAUGGAUCUAACAAAGGUGCUACCCAGAGUGGUAUCAAUUUUGGAAACACACGUCAUAUGUAAACUAUGUAAUGUUUACAGAUUUUAUAAGACUGAUGUCCUCUCUAUGUUCCAAGUUGUUCAAAAAGUAAAUACUCUAUAAUUGGCAACAUGAACUGUGCAUAGGUAAAAUAUGAAACUCUGUAAAUGCCAAAUUUUUAUAACUAUUUAUUCAUUGAAAUUACUUAUUCCAUUUCUUUGCAACACUCUGUAAAAUUGCCAAUGUUAAUAUAGGAUAAACAUAUUUUUUUUAGAUAAAAAUGUAAUUUUCUUGUAAAGAAUCACUGAUUUUCAUGAGAAAUACUGUGCUAAAAAAUUAUAUUUUAGCUAUUUAAUCAAAAUUUACAUUUUUACUAUUGUAAUGUUAAAUAUUUUUGUGUUCACAUUAAUUCAUUCCAUUAAGAUAUUAAAUUGUCACAAAAGAAUUGUUUGUUUUAUAUGGCAUUUUAAAUAAAAAAAAUUUAAAAAGUGUAUUUUGUCUGUUUAAAACUUUGUAAAUGUAUUACUUUUAAAUUUAUUUAGGCACAUACUUGUCUAUAUUAGAUAAUCAAACUACCCUUCUCUAUAUUAAAAAAACAACUUCAUUUUCAAUGGGAGGAAUAGGGGUAAAAUAAUGAAGAGUUGAAAGUGGUGUUUUUACAUGAAACUGUUCUGUAGUAUUGUUCCCAGGCAAAUGCUUCACAGAAAAUGCCCAACUAAUGAUUUGACAGAAAACUCUGGUUUUUAUAAAAGCUUUAUGGAGUGUUUUUCUUUAAAAACUAUGCAUAGUUUUUGAUUUUUGUUUGAAACCGUGAAUUAUUUCAAAUCGCAUAAAUUUGUCAUAUGGUAAUCUCCAAAUAGAAUAAACUAAAAAUUAAUUGAAAUCUUAGGGGGGAUUUGCCUAUUUUUUUUUUCAGAAUCCAUGGUAAUGUGAGACCAAAGUGAAUUUUUUUUAAAUUUUUUUCCUUUUUUUUUCGGUGCUAGGCUGAUUUUUAGAACACUGAUUUCCACAACUAGUUCUUAUACCAUUAAACUAAUAUAUAUAACAAAGAAUAUGCAGACAAAAAAGGUUGGCUUCAUAGCCAUAAUGCAAACCGGUCCCCUAAGGGUUGGUAUUGUGUAUAAAAAAAAAGUGGUACAGAAGCAGAGGAGGUUAGUAUCCACCUCUUACUUCAAUGAACUUCUAAAAAUCACUGAUUAGAUCAUCAAUCAUUCCACGUGAUUUUAAUGCUGAGUUUGGGGGUGAGAUGGAAAGUUUUUAUUUAUGGUUGUUACGCAGCUUUGCAUUAUACUGUAUUGUUUAUUAAAGUUAUUUCUAGAGGGAUCUUAAUCAAUUGAGCCUCUUUUGGUGGAGCCCUGACAGUAUAAACAAAAGUUCAGUAGCUACUGAACACAGUAGCAAAAGUUCAUAGCAUAAACCAAAAAAAAAAAAAGACUAAAGCAUAUGCUGAAAAUGAAUAAAAAGAAGCUGAAUUAUUGUUUUAAAAAAACUUGCACUGUUGAGAAUAGUUAUCGGAGAAACUUAUUUCUUUAUUCUUGAUUUUGGUUCAUUUAUUUUGAAUUUAAAAGUUCAAUGAGAAAUACUUAUGGAAUAUUUUAUAAAUGCAUAUCCUUUUCACAAUUUAUUCUAUGUAUUGUAAUUAAAAAAACAUAUAUUUUAAAAUUUUGGUAUUUUUUUGGCAUUUUACAUAAAAUUUUGUCUUGCAGUAUCAGGUUUGCCUAGUUAUCUAGCUCACUUAAGUUUAUUUUGAUUAUAGUAUUUGAAAAUUUAUAGCAUGAGUAAAUCUGACAAAUUAAACAUCAUAAGGAACAUAAUAACAGAUGUAUAAAUUGAAAUAAAAUUUUUUUUUUGGAA